CCAGAGGGGUGUGUAGUGCGUAAUAUGAUCCCAUAUUAAGCGCGUCUUUGUCUGCUCUAGUGUUCUACCGGCUCUGGUCAACGGUCGCUGCAUAAAUAUGCACAUAUGGCUGUUAGUGUACUGCCCCGCUUGUUAUUGCUGUUGAAUAUCAAAAUAGUGAUUACAUUGCUAUUUACAACUGCCCUAUAAACAGGAACUCAUUAAAAAAAGUACAUAAAUAAAACCAGUGACACUGAAAGAAGUAAAUAAAAGCACUGUUGUCCACAGUGCCCCUGGAGCUCACUGCCACUUCAACCAUUCACUUGCACUGACGUGGCAGGAUUAUUUUUCAAAAAGAAUCCACCGAAGUUCAAAUAAUUGCCGUUUAUUUGUUUUUGCGCUGGGAUGUGCGUCAUCAGUGGGUUGACGGGGCUGACGCUUCAUGUAGACCUGCUUGCCCGGCUGGGACAUCUCCACCCCGGAGAGCUGUGAGAUCUUCACCUGUGGACAGUAAAGGGUUAGCGGCCACUGACGUCAGGAGUCUGCGGGAGGAAGCUGCUUCACUCGCACUUAGUACACACUGCAUGCAGGCGUAUCGUCGCCUGGCGGCGAACACCCAUACCCCGUUCCCCCUUUCCCGGAUCACACUUUGACUCCGGCCUCAGCUCCGAAUCCGAUUCCGCUUCGCCACGGAGCGCGGGCGCAAUCUGCGAGUUCAAGUCAUCGCGCCCCCGCCUGGGCUGAAAAGUGGACUUUUGCUGUCAGACGAAAGGUCGCCCACACUUCAGACACGUCCGGAGCCCUGACUCGCUGAUUUCCCAUCAAUGUGCAACAAGUACACCGCCGCUGCCGCUACGCUCAAGGGCUCCUGCUGCUUGGUGUUGCUACUCGUGUGAUUGGCUGCUCCCCCUUGCAGGUGUGUUAGCCCUGCCCAUGCUGCAGUGCCAUUGGCUGAAAGAGGGACCAUGAGGGGGAGGGUCAGGCCACCGGAACCAGACGAUCCCCUGUGCUGCUGUGAGUAUGUGGACCGCCAGGGGGACCGGCAGCACAUGGCGGCCUGCUGUUGUGACUGCGAGGACCUGGACCAGGCUUGUGACAGGUGGCUGAAGCGGCAGCCUCAAAAGGCUGACUCACUGUCCCGGGUGGUCGCCGUGGUGACAGACCGACUGCGUGUGCCCUGGCUGCGGGGGGCCAAGCGGGUGGAGCUGUCGGUGGUGCCACCCCUGGUGCUGCUCCCUGUGCUCUUGCGGCUGGCGGCACUGCAUUUCCUGGCGGGCAUGGUAGUGCUGACGGCUCUGCCGGUCUUGGUGCUCUGGUACUACUACGUCACGCACCGGCGUAAAGGCCGCACUCUCUUCUUCCUCAGCCUCGCGCUCUUCUCCUUGGCCUAUAUGUACUACCUCUUCCUCACCGAGGUCCUUCCACGGGGUGAUGUGGAAGGAGCCCAGCUAGUCACCGUGACAACAGGCAUGGUGCUCACUCUGAUCUCCUUGGCUCGCACUAAGCGGGACCCUGGAUUUGUGAAGGCCUGCCCCGCCGAUGCUCACAGCACCGUGACUUACUACGGAAGACUGCCUGAGCAGGACGAGCAGAGCCAGUCCAACGGCUCUUGUCAGGCGGUGGCAAUUGCCAGCCGGGCAGCUCCCGCGGGGCAGGGGGCAGGGCCAGCGGCACAAGCUAAUAGCUUGAAGAAGAACUGGUGCCCCACCUGCAGGAUAAUGCGCCCCCCACGGUCAGGGCACUGCAGAAUCUGCAGCGCCUGCGUUUAUCGCAUGGACCACCACUGCGUCUGGAUCAACAGCUGUGUGGGUCAGGCCAAUCAUCGCAAUUUCCUGCUGACACUCCUCCUCUUCCUUUUGACGUCGGUGUACGGGAUCAGCCUGGUGCUGCGUAGCAUCUGUCCACAUCAGAACCUGCUUUAUGCCCUUUUCUACUGCCCCGACGUGUAUGCCCAGUACAGCACAGCGCUGUGCUUCACUUGUGCCUGGUACAGCAGUGUGGUGACAGGGGGGCUGUUCCACCUGCUGGUGUUGCAAGUCAUCAACAUCAGUUACAACGUAACAGAACGGGAGGCUCGCCUGGCCCUGCGAGAGAAGACGGGCCGCACGCGCCUCUGGGGCCUGCUUGUCGACACAGGGCUGCAUACGCGCGGCUUCCGUACCAACUGGCUCGAGUUCCUCACCAUGCACCUGUCGUUGGAGCCCAUGUUCCCAGGUCUCCCUGAUGUGGUGUAGAGCCCCCUGCCUGCUGGUGCGAACUGCUCUGGACUUUGUUGUUGUACCACUUCUGGUGUUGACCAGAUCGCUGCACAGCGUCACAUCCUGAUACUGCUUGCUUCAGUAUGUUGUGUGGAAUAGAGGAGCCAUACGAGUCAUUUUGAGAGCUGGUUUUAUUGGCAUUAUGAUCUUGGCAUCAUAGCACCCCCUUCCCCAGUCCUGGUCACAUGAUCCAUGAGCCACACACAGGCCAGCUGCUGCUGCUCAUUACAUGGAAAUGGUGCUGGGGCGUAAUCCUGUGGUUUCUCUGCACACACUUUCUGACGUUCUCCCCCGAGUUAGUGCCUUUUUUGAAAGUCUGUGGAGAUGCAGCUCAUCGGGAAGGUCCACGCAGCUCAUGUGUGUCGUUCUAUGCUGCCAUGAGACACAGCGUGGCACCUUCAUACGAGAGAGAAGGAUCUGCAGCCUGGCCCUGACAUGGAUAUCCCACAGUCACCUCCGCUCUUGGGGGGGGGGGUCCUUUCUGCUUUGUAUCCUGCCAGUCUAAUAAAUCAGCAGUGUGCUUUGAAAA